UGGCAUUCUCUCUGUGGUACUGCUGUGCUUUGGAGAUAAUGUUGCACUAAAGUUCAGCUUUGUGAUAAAGUUCCCAACUAAUGCAACAGGAAAGUCAAGGUAUUUCGAAGUCAGAAUUAGAAAUUGCCGCAAUAACCCAUGUUGUUGGGUUCAGUCCAAAGAGGAGUCACCUAAGAGGAGGAAACAAUACGUCUGUAUCACCCGCAUCGACGCCCACCACAUGAAAGCUUUAAUUCUACAUAAAGUGAAGCUGCAGAGAGCGAGCCCAGCGCACGGGUGACGAGUUCGCUGCUGUCCCGGGACCCGAACUCGCCGCCCCCACCCUCUCUUUCUCGCUCUCUCAAGCUGCAAUGCCUCGCUGCCCCAGUCGAUUGAAGAGCAACGAGUCGCCAGGAUCGGCCCCAGCCUGCUGAGCUUCGGACAUUUCAGGAUUCCUUUUCGUGCUGAUUUGCUCACUGGAAGGAGCUAGAGGCUGCAUUAAUACGGAUGCUAUAACUUCAAUUAAAGCCCUGGAGGUGAUAUUCCACCUCAAGAACUCCCCAGCCUCAGGACGAGGUGAAGAGUGAGUCGCUGAGGAUGGGCUCCUUCCGCAAGCCUAGGCCUCGCUUUCUGAGUUCUCCAGUGCUCAGUGACUUACCUCAGUUCCAUGCAGCCAGGCAGGCGGCGUUGCUUGGCUCCAACAAGGCCUGGAACAGUGUACAUAAAGCAGUGAUAAAAGUGUUCCAGGGAGGAAGCUUGCAAGAUAAUGAAUUAUACUAUCUGAAUGAAAACAUACGGCAGCUACUGAAGAGUGAGCUGGGUCCUUUCAUUACUGAUUACUUUCAGAACCAUCUUCUUUCAAAAGGCCUGAUCUUGAUGGAAGAAAAGAUGCGCGUGUGUGAAGGUGAAAAUCUUUUAGAAGCUUUAACAAGAAUAUGGGAUCAUUUUUUUACUGAAAUCCUACCCAUGCUACAGGCCAUAUUUUACCCUGUACAGGGGAAAGAACUAACUAUUCGUCAGAUGGCUUUACUUGGAUUCAGAGAUCUGGUCCUGCUGAAGGCCAAUCUGGAGCAAGUGCUGCUUCAGCAUCAUAAUGAUGUCCCUCCAUCCAUCACACAGAUGUUACUGGUGCUUCAGGGUGCUCAUGAGCCUAAAGGACCGACUGAGGAAUACAUCCAGCUGGAACAUUUGGUACAGUUGGUGGUCUCUCCAUAUCUGGGCUUGUAUGAAUUCCUCCCCAGGGACAGGAGCAUCACAAACACUGUCUGCUUACUAGAUCGAAGAUUUGCAGGUCCAAAAUCAAAGGCGGUUGAUUCUUUAACUGAUGUGUCUGAAGUAACUGCAUCUAAUGAGACUAUGCUGACUCCUUUAAUUGAGCAGGAGGGAGAGACUUACUUAGAGAAAUGUGGGAGCCUACGACGUCACACGGUGGCCAAUGCCCCCACUGAGCUCCAGCUCUUGGCGAUGAGCUCCAUGCUGCAUCCCAGUCUGCGGGAGGAGCCAGACUCUGAAGACAAACGUCUACUGACACAACCCAACCUUAAUCACAAACACUAUUCCAGUGAGCUCAACAUCGCGGAAAUCGAGUCGGAGUUAAUGAACAUUUCGCUGGAGAAGACUCCAGAUAUGAAGCAUACAGUGCUUGGUUCAAUCUUAAAGUAAUUGCUAAGGCACCUUGUUAGCAUUUAGAGAAAGAAAUAAUUCCAUGAUCUGCCUGAAUUGAUUUAGGGGGUAUCCCUCACCAGGCACGUCUAAUUCAAGCUGCUCAUGUGUACUGAAUGAUCCUCCUAACGCGAGCCUUCACUGUAACAACUGCAGAUACCUCAGAACUGAAGUAACAGCCCAGCAGAAAGGUUGAAAGCCUAUGUUAUGCUGGAACAUCCUGUUGCAGAUGCCCUGGUGAAAGAACAGCCAGCAGCAGCAAGUUUGCACUAAAGUUAUAACUCAGACAAGUCCUGGACUCAAGCCUGAGAUUGCGCCAUGCUGGCAGCAUUGUUUAAAUACUGCACGUCAGUCCUGUCUCAUCACAAACCACUGGUUUAUGACAGAGAAUUGCCCAAACAUACCAUCAGUUCUAUUCACUGCCAGUCUGCCUUUCACUGAAGACAUUUUAGAAGUAAUUUCAAACUGUUUUUUUCAAGUGAAGACAAGAUUUUCACUGUGUACUCUUUGUGAUGAAAUACAAUAUUUUCCUCUUUCAUUAUAAAUGGGUGUACUCUCUUUUUGUGUGUAAGAAGUUCAGGAGCAAUUUUAAACUCCCAAGAAAGCAGAACAAACUUGAAUGCAUGCGCACGCUGCAAAGUGAAUACCAAUCAGUAAAAUAGGAGCACCGAGAACACUGGAAUACUUCCUGAACUGUGGGCCCUUGUUGAACAGAACAGAAUUUAAAAUCAGUUAAUUUGCCUCUCAACGGGGGCUUUAAGCUGGUGGUGUUUAACCAAGCAUACUGAACAGUCUACACAGAAACUUCUUUCAAACUUGAUGUUAUGUCAUCUAGAACAAACAAGUUAUCUUUCUCAUUUUUGCAAAUAAAGCACGGACUAUUUUUGUUAUAAGUGAGUAAUCUGUAGCUGUUCUGAGUUAGUAGAAAGAGAAAGUAGGUUGAGCUACAGAUCGCGUACUGUGGCAGAUUUGUAUAAAGUGAAGAGAACAUUAAAAUGGCUGGGCAGUGGAAGAUCGAAAUAAACCAAGCACUGCAGGUAGUCAGAAAAACGAGCCCUCGACACUCACAACCACCAACAGCGCAGUGCAACCAAUGGAGCAAAUGUGUUCGAGUUCACCAGAAACACCAGAGUACAGAGUGGUGCAGUCAGUGGGGAUGCUACCUCAGAGCUUCUGUGUGCCAGGUUCAAUCUGCUCUGGGUCUCUCUCUAUGACUGUGUGGGUUCCCCCACCCAGUCGCUCUCGUUCCCUCCCACAUCGCAAAUUUCCCCGAGUGUAGGUGGGUGUUAAAAUCUACGGAUUGCUGUAUAAUGGGAGUAUACAGCAAUAGGUUACAGGGUCACUAGUGGAAGAAUUGGAUUGAUGAGAUUCCAACGGGAGGUAGCAUGGUCUGCUGGGUCAUCCAGCCUCCUUCUAUACUAUAAGAAAUGAAAAAUAAUAGAACUCUCAAUGAAGGCUCAUAUUCACUGUAAACUCCAUACGGAGCAACUUGUGAGGAAAACAGGUUCACAUUCCCUGUAAGAGCAGCACCGUGCAUCAGGAUGCAUUUGUUUAUCAUAACCCCCCACUCCUGCCACCACAUUAAAGGUUUGUAUGUCCAGCACUGCUAACUUGAUGAUUUGCUCGGCAAGUCUCCCACUGUAUGAAGAGUUUGGGAAAUCUGCUACUGUUCUCCCAAGCCAUGGGGAUAGACAGAGAAUGCAAUUUCCCAUUCUACACAUCGGGCAGAUUGAAUAGCUAGAUUCCUCAGAAGUAACCUUCCUUUUGUAUCAAAGUAGUUUCAUUUUCCAAAAAAAAAUUAUUCAUAAAACAUAUUAAGAUAAGAGAUUAGCUUUAUUUAGACCAUAAGGCAUAGGAGCAAAAUUAGGCCAUUCAGCCCAUCAAGUCCACUCCCCCAUUUCAUCAAGGCUGAUCCCAGAUCCCAUUCAACCCUAUACCUGCCCCUUCAUCAAAUCCUUUGAUAUCCCAACCAAUCAAGAAUCUAUCAACUUCCACUUUGAAUGUACUUGAUGAUUUGGCUUCCACCGCAGGCUAUGGCAAAGCAUUCCACAGAUUCACCAUUCUUUGGUUAAAAAUAUACAUAGAAAUAUAGAAAACCUACAACACAAUACAGGUCCUUUGGCCCACAAAGCUGUGCUGAACAUGUCCUUACCUUAGAAAUUACCUAGGGUUACCCAUAGCCCUCUAUUUUUCCCAGCUCCAUGUAACUGAACAGGAGUCUCUUAAAAUACCCUAUCGUAUCCGCCUCCACCACUAUCACUGGCAGUCCAUCCCACGUACUCACCACUCUCUGCAUAAAAACCUUACCCCUGACAUCUCCUCUGUACCUACUUCCAAGCAUAUUAAAACUGUGGCUUGCGUGCUAGCCAUUUCUGCCCUGAGAAAAAACUUCUGACUAUCCACACGAUCAAUGCCUCUCAUCAUCUUAUACACCUCUCUCAGGUCACAUCUCAUCCUCCGUCACUCCAAGGAAAAAGGGCUGAGUUCACUCAACCUAUUCUCAUAAGGCAUUCUCCCCAAUCCAGGCAACAUCGUUGUAAAUCUCUUCUGCACCCUUUUUAUGGUUUCCACAUCCUUCCUAAGGUGAGGCGAUCAGAACUGAGCACAGUACUCCAAGUGGGGUCCGACCAGGGUCCUAUAUAGCUGUAACAUUACCUCUCAGCUCUUAAACUCAAUCCCACAAUUGAUGAAGGCCAAUGCACUGUAUGCCUUCUUAACCACAGAGUCAACCUGUGCAGCAGCUUUGACUGUCUUACGGACUCAGACCCCAAGAUCCCUCCGAUCCUCCACACUGCCAAGAGUCUUACCAUUAAUACUAUAUUCUGCCAUCAUAUUUGACCUACCAAAAUGAACCACCUCACGCUUAUCUGGGUUGAACUCCAUCUGCCACCUCUCAGCCUAGUUUUGCAUCCUAUCGAUGUCUCACUGUAACCUCUGACAGCCCUCCACACUAUCCACAACACCCCCAACCUUUGUGUCAUCAGCAAAUUUCCCUCCACUUCCUCAUCCAGGUCAUUUAUAAAAGUUACAAAGAGUAGGGGUCCCAGAACAGAUCCCUGAAGCACACCACUGAUCAGCAACCUCCAUGUAGAAUACAACCAAUGCCAAUACAUCCUUUCUGAGAUAUGGGGCCCAAAACUGUUGGCAAUACUCCAAGUGUCUUAUAAAGCCUCAGCAUUAUCUCCUUGUUCUUAUAUUCUAUUUCCCUUGAAAUUCCAACAUUGCAUUUGCCUUCUUUACCACAGACUCAAACUGUAAAUUAACCUUCUGGGAGUCUUGCAUUAGGACUCCCAAGUCCCUUUGCACCUUUGAAGUUUGAACCUUCUCCCCACUGAGAAAGUAGUCUGCACUAUUGUUCCUUUUACCAAAAUGCAUUAUCAUACAUUUCCCAACACUGCAUUCCAUCUGCCACAUUUUUUGCCCAUUCUUCCUAUUUGUCUUAAGCCCUGCAAUCACAUUGCUUACUCAGCACUAUCUAGCCCUCCACCUAUCUUUGUAUCAUCGGCAAACUUUGCGACAAAGCUAUCAAUUCCAUUAUCUAAAUCAUUGACAAACAAUGUGAAAAUUAGUGGUCCAAUACUGACCCCUGUGGAACACCACUAGUCACUGGCAGCCAACCAGAAAAGGCCCCCUUUAUUGCCACUCGCUGCCUCCUGUAUGUCAGCCAUUCCUGCCAGUAUACUUCCUGUAACACCAUAUCUUGUUAAGCAGCCUCAUGUGAGGCACCUUAACAAAUGCCUUCUAAAAAUCUAAGUAAAUGACAUCCACAGACUCUGCCUCUCUUUUCUUCACCCUGUUUAACAGAUUUGUCAGGUAAGAUUUCCCUCAAUAGAAUCCAUGCUGACUUUGACUUAUUUUAUCAUAAAUCUCCAAGUACCACAACAGCUCAUCCUUAAUAAUGGACUCCAACACUUUCCCAACCUCUGAGGUUAGGCUAACUGGCCCACGAUUUCCCUUCUUUUGUCUUCCUCCCUUCUUAAAGAGUGGAGUGAUAUUUGCAAUUUUCCAGUCCUCCGGGCCAUGCCAGAAUCAAGUGAUUCUUAAAAGAUCAAGACCAAUGCAUCCAUUAUCUCUUCAGCAACCUCUUUAUGGACUCUGAGAUGUAGUCUAUCUGGUCCAGGUGACUUAUCCAUGCCAAGACCUUUCAGUUUGCCUAGCACUUUUCCCCUUGUAAUAGCAAUGGCACUCACUCCUGCUUCCUGACACUCACAGACUUUGGGCAUACAGCUAGUGUCUUCUACAGUAGAGACUGAAGCAAAGUACUUAUUAAGUUCAUCUGCCAUUUCUUUGUCCCCCAUUACUACCUCACCAGCAUCAUUUUCAAUUGGCCCAAUACCAACUCUCACCUCCCUUUUAUUCUUUAUAUAAAUGAAAAAACAUUUCGUAUCCUGCUUUAUAUUAUCUGCUAGUUUGCUCUCAUAUUUCAUCUUUUCCCUUCCUAGAGAUUUUUUAGUUGUCUUUUGUUGGAUUUUAAAAGCUUCCUAAUCAUCCAACUUCCCACUCACUUUUUCUACCUUAUAUGUCCUUGCCUUGGGGGGAGGUCAAUGGGUGGGCAAGGAGAUAACAUGAGAGGGACAAGGGGAUGGGAAAUGGUGAGGGGGCCGGGGGAGGCACAUUCAUUGCCUCCCUCUGGUGCUCCUCCUCACCCACC